AUGAAUAGCAUCAACGCCGUGAUUGUGGUUUGCCUUGAGGUAGCCGUGUCCGCCGCUGUAGACCGAAAAAGAGGUGGACGAGGAUCCAACAUAUUUCUUCCUAGAAGCUUCGGUUGCGUCCACGGAAUCGGUCUCUUCGCCGGCGCUACUUAUGGUGGUGGAAUCCAUGAGGAUCAGGCCUACUGCUGUGAGACGGUGCACGAACCUGAGACACCUGUUUGUACCAAGCCACUAAAUUGCCCUCAAGUCCGUCCAACAUGCCAACGAUUCCAUGGGUCCCCCACUACCUGUUCCAACGACUACAAGUGUGUUGGCCUCGAUAAGUGUUGCUUCGACAGGUGUUUGGGAGAACACAGCAGUGGUUCUUAA